UCAAAAUGAUAAAAAUGUGGAAUGCUUUCCCUAAUAUAAAUAUUUAAAGGGUAAAUAACAGGUAUAUGUAACUAUAACAUGCGUUCAGUGUGUGUGUGUGUGUGUGUGUGUGUGUGUGUUAUGUGUGUGUAUGAACGAGAAGGGUCAAACAGUCGAGGGAGGAUGCACACACCGUUCUGCUGUUUUUCGGCUGACAGACAUUAGAUCAGACUCUGAACUGUUGAAGAAAAUGUUUCACAUGUUUAUUUUGUUCUGUAUGUGCUUGUGGAGCCUGAUUGGUGUGUUUAGUGACACAGUGUCAGUGAUGGAGGGAGAUUCUGUCACACUACACACUGAUCUCACUGAAAUACGUGAAGACGAUGAAAUACUGUGGAAUUUUGGGGCAAAAAAGUUUGUUUUAGCUAAAAUAAAUAUAGGGGCUGGAAUCUUCACCACAUAUGAUGAUGUUCCUGAUGGGAGAUUCAGAGACAGACUGAAGCUGAACAAUCAAACUGUAUCUCUGACCAUCACAAACAUCACAACUCAACACACUGGAGACUAUAAGCUAGAGAUACAUGGAGCGAAACUGACUUCAAAAGCAUUCAGUGUUUCUGUCUAUGCUCGUCUGCCUGUUCCAAACAUUACCAGAGACUGUAGUUCAUCAGGAUCAUCAUAUUGUUCACUGGUGUGUUCAGUGGUGAAUGUGGGUCAUGUGACUCUCUCCUGGUACAAAGGAAACAGUUUAUUGUCCAGCAUCAGUGUGUCUGAUCUCAGCAUCAGUCUCUCUCUACCUCUGGAGGUGGAAUAUCAGGAGAAAAACAGCUACAGCUGUGUGAUCAACAAUCCCAUCACAAACCAGACCACACAUCUGGACAUCACUCAACUCUGUCAACCAUGUAAAGAUCAGGGUCUAGCUUUAUCUUAUUUAGUGGUGAUCUCUGUUCCUGUUGCUGGAUCUCUGCUGAUUGUCACUGCAGUCGUGGUCUUCUGGAUCUACAAGAAAUACAGAAAAACUGAUCAAGAAGGCAAGUUCCUAAAUAUUCCCUAAAUUUUUGAUUAAUUUAAAUCCCUAAUUACCAUUUUAUAACAAUUCUUGUAGCUAACAUAAUGUAGUUCCCUUUUAUAAGAAAUUGAAAGAAAUAAUAAUAUGUAUUUAUUGGGUUGGUGGAUUCUGUGGAUUUACACUCAUGUGAGAAUACUUAUCUAUAUCUAUGUCUAUAUCUAUAUCUAUAUCUAUAUAACUGCACUGGUCAGCUAUCUUUACUCGUCUCAUUAGCACAAAAACUGCAUCAAAACACUGGAAACACAGGAAUGCGUUUUGUUGUUUUAAUCCAUCUGCAAUUGCUGUUGAAACAGUUGAGACUCAUGAUGACGAGAUAAUUUACACUGAGCCAGUGUUCUUCAAAAGAAAUGCACAUAAAUCGAAUAAGAUAGAUAAAGAGGAAGAGCAUGUGGACUAUACACCUGUCGCCAUGAGAAGAGAGGAAACUUAUACAAAACCCUCUGAGUCUGAGUCUGUGGUUGAGUUUAGGAAGUGGUCGGCUUAUUAGCAUGAUUUCUGAAGGAUCAUGUGACACUGAAGGCUGGAGUAAUGAUGAACAUUCAGCUUUAAUUACAGGAAUAAAUGACAGUUUACAAUAUGUUCACAUAGAAUACAAGUAAUGUUAAAUUGUAAUAAUAUUUCACAACAAUACCGUUUUUACUGUUUGUUUUUUUUUUCAUCAAAUUAACUUCUUAAAGACUUCUUAAAAAUAAAAAUAAUAAUAAUAAAUAUUCAAGCAUUUGACCAGUAGUGUUAUUAAUCAAUCCCAGAAAACAUACAAAGUCAAAGAAAACAAAAAAUACAAAUGUCUCACACACUGAUCAUUUACAAUAUUUAAGCAGCUUACUAAAGAGAGAGAUAGAGAGAGAGAGAGAGAGGGAGAGAGUGCGAGAGUAAUAUU